AUGUCGUCCCUCCCGUCGCCGUUCACCGCGGCGCACAGGUCCUACGUCAAGAACCUAUAUCGGCGCAUCCUGCAAAAUGAAUUAGACUGGAUCGUUCAGCGGGACCUCUGGAGAGCUCGCGCACUCUCCAUCCGGGCAGAGUUUGAGAGGAACAGGGACAUCCACGAUCCUCGUGCGCUUGCUCAGAUCUUCACCAAAGCCGAGGCGGACCUCGCCGCGCGCAAGCACCCCGACCCAUACCGACCUCCCGAGGCUCCGGACGGCACCAAGUGGGAGCGCAACCUGCCGCCACCUCUCGGUCCUAUCUUCGAGCACGAGCCCUACAACGAAGCGCAUGGUCGGGCAGGUCACUGA